AGCUAGAGAAAGCUACAGCCCCCUUCCCAUCAAUGUCCUAGCCUUCUUCCAGCAGCAGUGUCUGGAGGAGGAAAAAUGAGGUGGAUAGGUGGGAGGUUGCUUUUAGCGUUUCUAGUCUCUGCUGUCUUAGGAACUUUGGUAGCAGAUCCCUCCAUCUGCAAUGUGACACAUCAAUCUGUAUGUAAGGAUAAAUGCAUUCCUGUUUCUUGGCUGUGCAAUGGAGAAACUGACUGCCCUGAUGGCACUGAUGAACAGUGCGAUGAAGCAUGUCGUGGUGAUGAGACUGUAUGGCAAUGUGACAAUGGAAAGUGUAUUUUGAAAAGCUGGAAAUGUGAUGGAGUCCCUGACUGCCUAGAUGGCUCUGAUGAAGUGGAUUGUGCUUGUUCAGGUAACAAAAUCCAGUGCCCCAAUAAAGGUGAAUGCAUAACUCUAUGGGAAGUUUGUGAUGGCCACAAUGACUGUGAAGAUGGUUCAGAUGAGCAGAAUUGUCCAGAAAGCGGUUGUCUGCCAAAUCAAAUGCAGUGCAAGAACAAAGUGUGCAUCCUAGAAUCCUGGCAAUGUAAUGGUGUUAAUAACUGUGGAGAUGGAUCUGAUGAAGAGAACUGUGGUUUUUGCAGUGAAGCUUCCUUCAAGUGUGGAGAUGGAAAGUGUUUAAACGAUGAUCAAAUCUGCAACGAAAUUAUGGAUUGCUCAGAUGCUUCUGAUGAAAUGCAGUUUUGUGGUCAGCGCUGUUCUAAUGCAAAUGGAGGAUGCAUGCAGAAAUGUGAUGAUGUAACAUGGGGCGUCAAGUGUUCUUGCAAUGAAGGUUGGAAACUUCAGUCUGAUGGUCAGAGUUGUGUUGAUAUUGAUGAAUGUUCUGUGGACCUUAGUCCAUGCCACCAACUGUGCAACAACAUGAAUGGCUCAUUCAGAUGUGAUUGUGUUGAAGGUUUUGAACUUAAGGGAAAAACCGUUUGUGAGGUUAUAGGAAAUGCUACAGUAAUUUUAAUAGCGCAAACAGGUGAAAUUGGAAUAGUGGAUGUCAGAGCUGCAGACUACCAAAAACUCUUUUCCAUUCCUGGCCAGCCAUCUGCUGUCGCAUAUUACCUUUCUAGAGAAGCAUACUUUUGGAUAGAUGAAAGGAAAACUUUGCAAAUGUUUGUAAUUGGCGGAAGAAAUAUUACUUCCCUUUACCCAGAAGUUGGAGAUGUUAGCAGCAUAUCUGUCGACUGGUUUACAGGACAACUUUAUUGGGCAAGUAAAGAGAACAAGUGUAUAUCUGUCGGCUUAAUUGAUCGCAGGGGUUAUGUCCAUCUUCUACAAAAGGAACUUGUACCAGAUCAGCUUGUGUUAUUUCCCAGUUACAGAUACAUGUACUGGAUCAACUAUGGCAAAAAAGGUACUACUACUCUUGAGGCUGCUGGGAUGGAUGGAUCGGAUCGGCAUGUGAUUGCUUUUGUACCAGUGGAACAGCCAGUAGGCCUUACUCUUGAUCAAAUUGCAUCCCGUCUCUAUUGGAUCAGCGAGUACAAAGAGUCUAUAGAAACCAUUCGUGUUGAUGGAAGUGGCAGAUAUACAUUCCCAAAUGCCCUAAAGAAGGUGCCAAAUGCUGUAGGCCUUGCCGUGUUUGAAGGAUGGUUCUUUUUGGCGGAUGAAAAACGCUUAUUCUCCUUGUCAAGAGAUGAACCAACAGAUGGAGAUCUUCUGCUAAGUACUUCAAAACUUUCUGCAUUUACAGUGCUUCAUGAACUUCAGCAAACCACUGAUGUCUCUCCAUGUUCUCCAGGGACCUGCAGUCAUUUAUGCUUGCUAUCUCCAGUGUUGGACAAAUCUUACAAAUGUGCCUGCCCUGCAGGGCUGUUUCUCCUGCCAUCUGGAAAGUGUGAAAAUCUGAAGAUUAUGUAUGGUGAUGCCGAAGGAAUCUAUAUGACAGAACUUGGGUUUCAAGGUCUCGUUGUAAAAAAGAACGUUGUGCGUCAAGCAAGAAAUAUAAAUUUGAUGGACUUUGACUGGAAGAGAAACCUUGUAUACUGGACGGAUGAGAAUGGUCUUCUCAUGCGCUCCAAUAACAUUUUUGAAGAUGCAAAAGUAAUUCAGACAGGUGGUGCAGUUUGCAUGGCAAAGAUUGACAUUGCUACUGGAAACAUUUACUGGCUACCUUGUGAAAAAAACAAGAUUUGUGUAACCAAGAAUUCUGGUUCUGGAACAAAGGUCGUCUAUGUGUCCAGCUCCUCCAUACAACACUUGCUGCUUAACUGGGAGACCAUGUUUAUAUAUGUGGUGGAACAUGGUAAAGUGAUACAGAGGAUGAAUCUUGUUGGUGGUAACGUACAGGUUGUGUUCAAUGGUACGGACUUCACAAAAGUAAACUUGGAUCCCAAAUCGAACAGCAUUGUGUGGCAAUCGCAGGAUUUUAGAUUUUAUUCAUUUGGCCUCUUAAAAGGAAAGUUGUCCAAACUGAAGGAUAAUUUUACAAGCACAUUAAUGGAUGCCUUUGAACCUUAUAUAUUAUCUUAUACCAAUUCAAAAAUUGAAAUAUGGAAUAGAAGGACCAUGAAGCUGGUGUCCUCAAUUACUGAAGAAAAAUUGACCAAGCUUAUAAUUGUAUCGUCUAGUCUUAUCAAAGGAAGCAAUUCGGCAUGUGACUUGAAUAAUGGUGGCUGUCGGUCUGAGGAACUUUGCAUACCUGGCCCUAUGGAGAUGAUAAACUGCCUCUGCCCAGAUGAUCGGGAUAGCUGCUCUGAUGGCAUGUUCUCAGAUGAGAAUGCAUCAGAAAACCUGCUUUUCCUGAAAACUUUGGUUUGUGGACGGACCUUUUUUCUGUGCCGAGAUGGAAAAGAUUGUAUAUCUUAUGAGUAUAUGUGUGAUGGAGAAAAUGACUGUUCUGAUGGUUCAGAUGAAGAGGACUGCACAAUCUACUGUACAAAUGAAGACUUUUUUCAGUGCGAAAGUAGUACAAAAUGUUUUGAGAAGAAAUACCGCUGUGAUGGGGUGCCACAGUGUCCUGAUGGAUCUGAUGAAAAAAACUGCUGGAGACCAACAGAUCCCUCUGUUCGGUGUCUUUCAAAGACUUGCUGCGUUCCUCAGAAUUGGAUCUGUGAUGGUAAACCAGACUGCAUGGAUGAUUUUGAUGAACAAGGCUGUGAACGUAAGGAAUGUGACGGUAACAAGUUCCAGUGUACUAAUGGACAGUGUAUUCCUUAUACUAUGCACUGCGAUGGAGACAGUGAUUGUGGUGACCAUUCAGAUGAACAAAACUGUACAGUCACUAAACACGUCCGCUGUCAAAGUGGGGAAUUCAAAUGUCCAUCUGGUGAAUGCUUGCUAAUGGAAUGGAAAUGUGAUGGUGCAAAAGACUGUAAAGACGGAAGUGAUGAAAAGGACUGUAAAUUGGAGAAGAUCACUUGUGAAAAUGAGCAGUGGGCUUGUGCUAGUGAAGAUCAAUGUAUUCCGACCUUCUGGCGGUGUGAUGGUCGCACGGACUGCCAUGAUGGCAGUGAUGAAGUUCACUGCAAACUGCAGAUGUGCAAAAGUAACGAGUAUCAGUGUAAAAAUCUUAAUUGUGUUCCAACUAAUGUUGUUUGCGAUGGACAAUCUGACUGUCUGGAUGGCUCUGAUGAGGGUGGAAACUGCGAUGUGCCAUGCGAAGAAAAAUGUUCAUUUGCAUGUUUAAAGUCACCAUCUGGUCCAAUGUGCAUGUGUAAUGAAGGCUUCCGACUAAGCAAUGAUAUGAGUCUCUGCAUUGAUAUAAAUGAAUGCAAAGAGCUUGAUCCCCCACCAUGCAGCCAGUCUUGUAUAAACCAAAAUGGAACCUAUAACUGCGCUUGUCGUCCUGGCUAUUUCCUGCAGAGUGAUGGCCACAAGUGUAAAGUAACAGGUACAGAGCCUGUCUUGCUGGUAUCCGUUCAGUUUAAUCUAAUGUUGUACAAGCUGAAGACCUUGGAGGCAAAGAUUCUGACCUCUACUGAUAAAAGUUCCAUGAUCUUCUCACUGGACUAUGAUUUACAAGAGCAGAAGGUCUUCUGGAUGGACCUCAAUGCAGAAAGCAUCAAAUGGAUAACAUUGAACACAAAAACCAAAGGAACUCUUGUUAAAGGCAUUAAAUCGGAUUGUGUAGCAGUUGAUUGGGUUGGUCGGAAUCUGUACUGGACAGAUGGCACAGCAGGGCAAAUUCUUGCUACAGCACUAAAUGGAACUUGGAAGGGGGUUCCAGAAUAUGUAGUGGUUCUUGAUGAGUAUUUAGAUCAGCCACGUUCUUUGGUCAUGCAACCUCUUGAUGGAUUAAUGUAUUGGUCUGAAAUUGGAACAGAGUCACAAAUUGAGCAAGCUGGUAUGGAUGGGAGUCAAAGAAAAAUUCUAGUCAAUACGCAACUUGGUUGGCCAACAGGAUUGGCUCUUGACCUUCUUAGCUGGAGAAUUUACUGGUCCGAUGAGAAAUUUCACGCCAUUGGUUCAGCCAAUCUGGAUGGCACGGAUAUAAAGGUGCUGCAAAUGAAAAUGAUUCAAAGUCCUUUUGCUAUAACUGUGUUUGAGGAUGAGAUUUACUGGUCUGAAAUAAAGGCAAGAACUGUGCAAAAGAUAAAUAAGAAAACGGGCAAGGAUUGGUCUGUGCUAAUAAAGCGACAUGGUCAGCCAUAUGGACUUAAGGUUAUGCAUGAGGUGCUGCAGCCAAGAAUGGAAAACCCCUGCCACAAACUCAACUGCUCACAUGUUUGCCUUAUUGGACCUGCAAUGCAAGGAAGCUGUUGGUGUCCCACAGGACUUGUGCUUUCAAGCAAUAUGUUAGAUUGUAUUUCUUUACAGGAUUUACCAUUUUUGAUGAUGGUUAUGCCAGGAUCUGUUUACCAGGUCUACUUGCAUAAACUGUACCUAGAUGAUGACAAAAUUGCAACAAACACUCAGAUUAUGUCUCUGACCAAUGUUAAUCAGGUCUCAUCCUUUGAUUACAUUUUACGAGAUCGAACAUUUGUAUUUGCUGUAAAAAAUGGGGGCUACAUAGCUUCAAUAAAAAGCAAAGGGCGUGAAUCUGCAGAUUGGAAAAAAGUAAUACAUGUCGAAGACAGUGUGACUUCCAUUGCUGUGGACUGGAUAAAUGGAAACAUAUACUGGAUUAGCACAUCUAAGCCAUACAUUCAGGUUACCACGUCAAAUGGUUUGUACAAAACGACGGUGGUAAAAAAUCUGUAUCAACCAUUCUGCCUUGCUAUCUUCCCAUCCACUGGUAUGAUGUGCUAUUUUGACGCUGGAUCGGUAAUUCAGGAGAAACCUUCAAAGAUAGAAUGUGCUGACAUGGAUGGAUUCGAGCCAAGAGUUUUGUGGAAUAAAAGCAAAUUUGUGGUAGGACUGAGUUUUGCAGACUCUGGAAGAAAGAUUUAUUGGGCGGACAGAGUAUAUGGUACCAUUGAAUCAAUUGAAGUGGAUGGAUCAAAUUACAAGGUGAUACAAAGUGGUCUACAUGGCCUAAAUCUAUUUACUGCUGGAGAAGGUUAUUUGCUCUGGACUGUGUUUGCUAAUGGUACAACAAACAUUUCAUUUACUAAAGUGGAAACCAAGGAAAUAAGGUAUUAUGAAGUGGACCAAAAGGUGGUAGACCUAAAAGUUUAUAGCAGACUAACUCAACAAGGAAGUAAUGGCUGCUCUAAAAAUAAUGGUGGGUGCAGCCAAAUUUGUUUGCCAAACCUUUUCGGUCAUUCGUGUCAUUGUUCAGCUACUCAUUAUCUGGUGAACGAUACUUACUGUGUUGAAGAGUUGAGGUGCCCCCAUGAUUCUCAGCCUUGUAAAGAUCACUUAAAAUGUGUCGCUAGAAACCAAAUAUGUGAUCAAAAGGUAGAUUGUUUGGAUGCCUCUGAUGAAGAAAAGUGUGCAUACCUAAAAGGAAGUAAACCCAUUAUUCCUUCACCUCUGGUUACCACACCAUCCACAACCAGACGUUUGGGAGAUCCAAGAUUUCAUUUCAGCACAAUUGCAGAUGAAAUUGAUGAGCCAGAAAGCGACCUGACCCCAGAAGAACUUGAAAGGGAGUCCAGGCCUUGCACCAGAGAGACAUGCAGCAUGAAAGGAGAAUGUGUUUUUGAAAAGGAUGUUAUUAAAUGUCAAUGUGAUUAUGGAUAUAGCGGAAAUAUUUGUGAGGUUGGCGUACAGCCACUUGCUGCUCCUAUAACUCUUGGCACUAUUGCAGUAUUUCUUGUGUUUGGAAUAGCUGCAGGAGUCUUUGUAUUUGUGUCCAGAAGAAAAGCUUUACACAGAACCUCCAGUUCCGCUUCUUCAAGAACUCUGACUCGGCAGUCUGAUAAAGACUUGUAUCCCCUGGAAGCUAGAACAAUGGAAUCCACUUUCCUUAACGAAGCUUUUGAUGCUGAAGGCAAUGCUAUUGAACAGGAAUGAAGGGGGUUCAGGUUGGUUGAUCUCAAAUGUCGUGCACUGCAGUAUUAACUGAUAUUUAUGCUAAUAAAAGUGAAUGUGUUCUACAA